CAGCCGGGCGUAUAAGCCCCUUCUCGGCUCCUUCUCUCCAUCUCUCUCCUCUUUCUCUCUCGCUCCCUUCCUCUCUGUAACUGAACAGUGAAAAUUACCAUCGUGGAUCCGCUAACAGGCACAGAUGUCAUGUGAAAACGCACAUGCUCUGCCAUCCACGCCGCCUUUCUUUCUUUUCUGUUUCCUCCCGCCCCCCAUUGCUCCUUCUCCCUCUUCUUUGUAACUAACAAAACCACCACCAACUCCUCCUCCUGCUGCUGCCCUUCCUCCUCCUCCUCAGUCCAAGUGAUCACAAAAGAAAUCUUCUGAGCCCGGAGGCGGUGACAUUUUUAAAAAGCAAGCACACUGGAGAGAAAGAAAAAAAGCAAAACAAAACCCAGGCAUCAGCCGCUCAGGACAUUUUUUUUCACCCUUUCUGAAAGCAAACAAACAAACCAACAGCCAUCAAAACAGUCACCGCCGCCACCGGCAAAGCCGAGCCCGGAGGCGGCGGCCCCGGUCAGCCCGCGGCCGCGGAGUGCGCCCGGAGGGAUGGUGCUCGCGGCGCGGCUGCUGGUCGCCGGCCCCCUUCUGCAAGCGUGCUGAACGGGAUUUCUGGGCUCUCUGGGGUUCGGGCUGGCAGCAGCUUCAUGACUACGCGGAGCGGGACAGCGGCCACACCAUGCGAGCACAAAUUGAAGUGAUACCAUGCAAAAUUUGUGGCGAUAAAUCCUCCGGGAUCCACUACGGCGUCAUCACGUGUGAAGGCUGCAAGGGGUUCUUUAGGAGGAGUCAGCAGAACAAUGCCUCUUACUCCUGCCCUAGGCAGAGAAACUGUUUGAUUGACAGGACCAACCGAAACCGUUGCCAACACUGCCGCCUGCAGAAGUGUCUUGCCCUAGGGAUGUCAAGAGAUGCUGUGAAGUUUGGAAGGAUGUCCAAGAAGCAAAGGGACAGCCUGUACGCCGAGGUGCAGAAGCACCAGCAGCGACUGCAGGAGCAGAGGCAGCAGCAGAGCGGGGACGCAGAGGCCCUGGCCAGGGUCUACAGCACCAGCAUCAGCAACGGCCUGAGCAACCUGGGCAGCGAGACCAGCGGCACUUAUACCAACGGGCACGUCAUCGACCUGCCCAAGUCUGAGGGCUACUACAGCGUGGAUUCUGGCCAGCCGUCCCCGGAUCAGUCGGGACUUGACAUGACUGGGAUCAAACAGAUAAAGCAAGAACCCAUCUAUGACCUCAGCUCGGUACCAAACUUGUUUACCUAUAGCUCUUUCAACAACGGGCAGCUAGCACCGGGCAUAACCAUGAGCGAGAUCGACCGGAUUGCACAGAACAUCAUUAAGUCUCAUUUGGAGACAUGUCAGUACACCAUGGAAGAGCUGCACCAGCUGGCAUGGCAGACCCACACCUAUGAAGAAAUCAAGGCGUAUCAGAGCAAGUCCAGGGAAGCACUUUGGCAGCAGUGCGCCAUCCAGAUCACACACGCCAUCCAGUACGUGGUGGAGUUCGCCAAGCGGAUCACAGGCUUCAUGGAGCUCUGUCAGAACGACCAGAUCCUACUUUUGAAGUCAGGUUGCUUGGAAGUGGUUUUGGUGAGAAUGUGCCGUGCCUUCAACCCGUUAAACAACACUGUUCUGUUUGAAGGAAAAUACGGAGGGAUGCAGAUGUUCAAGGCCUUAGGUUCUGAUGACCUCGUGAAUGAAGCAUUUGACUUUGCAAAGAAUUUGUGUUCCUUGCAGUUGACAGAGGAGGAGAUCGCUUUGUUCUCAUCUGCUGUUCUGAUUUCUCCAGACCGAGCCUGGCUGAUAGAACCAAGGAAGGUCCAGAAGCUUCAGGAAAAAAUUUAUUUUGCACUUCAACAUGUGAUUCAGAAGAAUCACCUGGAUGAUGAGACAUUAGCAAAGUUAAUAGCCAAGAUUCCAACCAUCACAGCUGUGUGCAACUUGCACGGGGAGAAGCUGCAGGUAUUUAAGCAGUCUCAUCCAGACAUAGUGAAUACACUCUUUCCUCCGUUAUACAAGGAGCUCUUUAAUCCUGACUGUGCCACCGUGUGCAAAUGAAGGGGACCGGAGGACUGCCUCACAGUCAUGGAAUGCGUCUCCAUUAGGACAACAGCAAUGUGUUUCAUGAAGACUUGAGAAAAAUGUCACUACUGCAACACUAGGAAUGUCCUGCACUUAAUAGAAUUAUUUUUCACCGCUACAGUUUGAAGAAUGUAAAUAUGCACCUGAGUGGGGCUCUUUUGUUUGUUUGUUUUUGAAAUGAUCAUAAAUAUACAAAUAUAGGACACUGGGUGUUAUCUUUUUUUAAUUUUAUUCGGGUAUGUUUUGAAGACAACUGUUUAUAGAAUUUUAUUGUAGAUAUAUACAAGAACAGAGCGGUACUUUACAUGAUUACUUUUCCUGUUGAUUGUUCAAAUAUAAUUUAAGAAAAUUCUACUUAAUAGGCUUACCUAUUUCUAUGUUUUUAGAUAGUUGAUGCAUGUGUAAAUUUGUAGCUGUCUUGGAAAGUACUGUGCACGUAUGUAAUGAGUAUAUAAUAUAUGAGAAUAUUAUAUAUGACUAUUACUCAUACAUGCACAAGCACUGUGGCUUGAAAUACCAUACCUACUAGCGAUGGAGGUUCGGUCAGGCUCUCUCUUUUAUUUACCUUCUAUGUUAUCUGUUACUUUUAUGUUAGACAAUCAGGGUUUUGUUUUUCCAGCCAGAGUUUUCAUCUGUAGUCAACAGCAGGAUGGUACCAAUUCAGACUAAGUGUACAGAGGAAUCAAUAUAAUGCAUGGCCUUUAUUUAAAAAUGCUAUUUCUAUCAAUUACAUCAAAGCCUUGUCAGGAUGGUACAUAGUGGAGGAGAAGGGAAGUAUUUGGAGCCAUUUUCCUGUUUUUAAGAAUUGGACUGCUGGGGAUUUAGCCUAAUGGAAUAAGCGCCUGCCUGGCAAGUGCUAGGUCAUGAGUUCGAUCCCCAAUACCAAAAAAAAAAAAAAAAAAAAAAAAAAAAAAAAUCCAAAAAAAGAACUGGACUGCAAAUAAUAUUGUAAAAGCCAGGACUUUUAUUUUUUUUCAACCAAAUAAUUCUAUAUUUUCUAUUUUUCACAAAAACACAUUAAACCCUUUUUUUCUUUGGAUUAGGAUUUCCAGUUGUGAAAGAAACUUAACUUUGGUGCUUGUUGUUGUCAACCAAAAAAUACAGUCCUGUGGAUUAUGACCAUCAGCAUUUUUUUCCUAGUAAAAUUAAAAUGAAAACUUCAAUCAAAACCCAGGGUCCCAGUGCCAUUUUAUGUAAACAUUUCCUCUCUAACUAUGUUUUGGCAAAUAGGCAGAAAUAGAAUCAUGAAAAAUAAAGAAAUAAUUUCUAUAUUUAUUUUCAUUAUACAUUUGUUAGAAAAAGUGGUGGGAGAAGUGGGACUUUCUGUGUCCUUCUCAUCUGGGGCAAAUAGUUAUUUUCAAUUCCAAAACACUCUAUUCUAAAAGUACAGCAAAAAAUGGAUAAUUGGAAAAAAUAUAUCUAUUCUAUGGAAUUAAUAUGCCCCAUGCUAACACUAUUACCCAUGUGGUUUGAAGUUACAUCUUCCAGCCACUGUAAGAUUGGUCCUAGCAACUUAUAAAAGUACAGAACCCAUUGGUGACAUCCGAAUCAGGAAAUGUGGACUUUUUUAUACCAGCAUUUCCUUCUGCAUCAGAUCUCCAGUGCAUUUUAGCAUCAGAAAAGCACAAAUUCCAAGGCAUAUGUUCUGCCUGUUUCCUGGAGGCUGAUGCCUGUAGUCUUAUCUGGCCCAAGGAAGAUGAUUAAAAAGGAGGUUAGGGGAGACAUUGUGUAUAAGACAAUAAAUUACAUUCUUGUGUGUGUGUGGCCCAGCUCACACUCAUAAAGACCUGUAGACACCACACACACGUGAGUCUACACACACACGCACACACACCCCUACUUUGUAAAUUUCAGUCAAUGGAGACUGAUUUUUUUUCAUGUGCUGUGCUCCCCUGAAGUUCAUAGUUGAGAGUCACCUCCAAGACACCUCAGAACUCCUGCUUGAUGAUCAAAACAGUAGGGUUAGUCUUUUUCUUUUAGAAAACGAAGCCUUUUCUCAUCUCAUGAUUGAUGAAUUCCAAACCACUGGGGAAAAACAAAAAGGCUUUAAAAUAAUGAAUCUCUUUCUCAACUACUGUUAUAUUCAAUUAAUUUAACUACAUUGAACCAAAUUACCUUUGGUUCUAAGAAGACAGCUGUAGACUGCUUAUUAUGCUGCUACAGGGACUCAAUUCUUUUUGGUGUAAAUGUCACUCCUGCUAGCUCUUUGUAUAAAGAAUUAAUUCCAAGAGUCAUAUUUCCUUCUAAUGGAAAGAUUACUUUACUGAUUGCUAGGAAAACAGAGUAAUGGAAGGCACUCAAUUAAACCAAGCUGUUUCCAAAUGCAAUGUAUGUUUUAUGAUUGGCUGGUGAUAGGCGAUGCUUAAUGUGUCUACUUGGUGUUUCCCUUCGAGCUUUGAACUUAGGUCCAACUUUGUUUUCAUUGUUCUGCUGGCCUGGCGUUUCCCAUCACCAGCCUGCAACUCCUGCUCAGUUGCAAAGGGAAUCAUUUGUGGCCUCCAGUUUACCUUGGAGGAUUGAAAUUGGCUCAAUUGACGAAGGAACAGAGAAUUUUUUUCCUCCCUUGUCCCAUGGGUGGUGUAGGAAAAAGAUUGUUCCCCACACUUGCCUCAGGAGGUACUGGCUUUGAAUUAGUGUCAUUUCCACUAGUGUAAGCAUUUCACGGGUACAGCCUGAACCUUUUGAAGCCAGGGGACAGGAAAUAGAGCUGGCAACUGAACCGGAACAGCACAGUGGAAACCAGUAUGUCGCUCAGCCACUUUGGUUGAGAAAGACAUUUCCAGUUUGGGCUACAGUUGCCAAAUUUUCUCCUCAAAAAGAUUCAAGUGAAGUUUUUUAAGAUAACAAAACCUUAAAAAAAACCUGGCCAGUGACCACUUGAACAGCAUGUCAAGGUGUUUUGAAAUUUUGAUAAGAAUAACUUGCUUUCUAGCAGUGCAACCCCAGCACUUAAUUCCUUCCCUCCCUCGAGAACUAACAAAUGUUCUCAACACAUUCACGGAAAGGCAUGCGCUGGAAAGAGGGAUCCGCAUUCCGUGCGUUUCACGCUUUGUAAAUGACAAUCACUUUAAUGUAGAUGUUGCACUGUAUCCGCUCAGGGAUGUUUAAUUAAAUAAAAAAUAAAAAAUAAGAUACAUUGAGAAGGAGGGAAAACAAAACAGGAUAAUGACAACAAAAUGUAAAUGGCAUGAAUUAAAGGUGCCGAUGAGAGAACCUCUCUGACAAGGCUUUCAGACCACUGUGUAUAAAUUCACAUCACAAACUGACUCUAUUUGGCUAAAAGUUACACAUGUGUAAGAACAAUUUAGUUUAUUUUCUAAAAUCUGUUAAGAGCCAAAUAAUCGAGCUGCCCCAUUUAGAGGAAUAUGCAUGUUUAACUCCUAGCAAAUCCAAGUUUCCUGUACAAGUCCUGAGGAAGGAAAAUACAGAAAUCUAACUGGAAUUCUGUGAAAUUGACAAGGAGGUGAAGCCCUGUGAACUCACAUGGGAAUACACUGUGGUCUGUAAAAAGAAGGGCAGAGGUUGGAGGAAAAAUAGGAGAACAAAGGGAUCCCAAAUCUAAUCUGACUUCCCGUAUACAUCCCUGCUUCCUAGGACUGGGUCAUCUUGUGUCCCUUUUUCUGUGGCUUUUUUACCCCUAAACCAAAAGCGUAGGUUAGAGGUAUAGUUUAUAAAACACAUCCUUUCUGGAUUUCCCUUGCUUUAACACUGUCUCUGGAGCUUCAAAGUAAAACAGAAACUACAAUGGCCUCUUGGAUAAUUAGACUUCUUUGGCAGAAUGUAAGCGACCCUGAACUGUAAGGAAGUCUGGAUAUUAACAAGAGACGCCAGGUAGAGAGCAGGUAAUUUCCAUGCUGACUGGCUUGUUCAACACCUAACUUUGUAGCAGUCGAGCCAAACUGGAGAAAAGGGAAAAAGCUGAGCAUCAGCGCCUGCCGUCUACACUGAUAUUUGUAUCGGGCUUGCAUGCAAAAACCAUUCUUGUGUCUGAAGGACAACCUAAAACUUACCAGUGUGUUUUCCAAAACACGUUAGAUGCAAAUGUCAGUGUCAUUCGAGGAAAAUUUCUGCUGCAUUUGGAAAUUAGAAGAAAUACUUUUUACCUCUUUCUUUUCUUCUCUAAACUUUUGUUUCCCAUGAAUUUACUGCAAUGGGUGGUAAAUUCAGGCGAGGACGCCUGUACCCAACAGAAGCAGCCUCCAGUAGGACAGCUACACUUUAAAAUGCAUGUCUGCAGUGAUCCUUUCUAAAGGAGAGAGAAAACCCACCAUCUGCUCUACAUAAGAUGCUAUUAAAUGUUCUGUUUGCAAAUGUUGGUCGCAGUGGUUUGUAGGAGACCACAGGGUCUCUCAAGAAUGAGUUAACAGCCUUUUUUAACAACAGGACCAGAGGUUAUGUUCAUUUAAAGCUGAGGGUAAAAAUUCAAAAAAGUAAAAGGGCCACGGCGUAGGUACGGAUGAGGGAGACAGUGCAGUGGGAAAUGCCCCACCUGGAACGGAUUGUUUCAGCUUCUGAAUUUUAUAAAAAUCCUGCAAGCUGUGAGUGGCGGCAGGUGAUUUAGAGAUACCACACCAACUCAUCUCUGAACAGAAGGGGGUCUCGUGGGUUGCCAGCUUCUGACCUCUGGCUUAAAUCAAAAAUCAAACUUAGGACCCUGUUCAGCUGGAGCAAGCCUAGGGAGACUCAACCAAGAAUGGCACUGUGGGAAUUACACUAAGACAGGGAAGAAAGGGGAUUUACCCUUCUGAUUCACUCUGUGGUUUCCAUGUUUAAUGAUCGCUAUUCACUUACAGAUACUUACAGUCAGGGGCCAGCUGAACACCUUAGCAGUCUGAGAAUGCAGACAGGUCAGUGUAGCGCUGGCUGCUCCGGAAUGCUUUUAUUUGUCUUGUCUGAACUCCCAUCAUCAGAGAGCCAGGAGGCUAGGUUUCUUGCCACUUUUCUCUGAAAGUCAAGUGUACAACUUCUGUGGUUUUGCGUCUCAACCUGUGUCUUUAACUAUGUGGCUUCAGUACCUGUGAUGAGUUCUUCCUCUCCCAUAGUUGUACGUAUCUGAAGACUUUCUUCUGCAAUCCUGAUAGCACAGUCCUUCCCCAUUCUCAAGUGCAGACCAUGGGUUCCUCUGCAGCACAGGGGGGUUGUCUGUUUGUGCACUGUUUUCCGAAGCUGCUGAAAGUCCUCCAAAGUAAAUUGGCCCCAGUGAUCUUUGCCUCCCACAUGACCACAAGCACGACCUCCAGUGGGUCACAGAAAGCAGCUCCAUUUUGGUUCUCAGGACCAAAAAUAAAGCACUGGAAUAUAAUGAGCCCAGUUCAGGGAAACACACAGUACCUGCACCCGACUGGGUAACGCAAUCCUUACAUUCGACUACGUCCUCCAGCCCCGUGCCUCAGUCACAGUGACACAAAGACCCAGGAGAGGCUGAAAGCCACAGAGCCCACAUCCAAACACAGUACCGUCUGCUUCACACGAGAAUGCAAAUUACACCCACAGAAAACUGAGUAUGUAUUGUAGAAAUGUAGAGGAAAAAUAAAAAUAUUUUUUCAAAUGUAAUUACUUUUAAUAUAUGCUUGUGAAAGGUCUGAUACAAUGUACGCUGUCUCUGUAAUUUUUGCUGUACAUAACUGGAGACAGUGGAUACACUGAUUUUUCUAUGUCUCUGUUUAAGCAUAAGACUUUGUAACAAUUUUUUUAGAGGAGAAAAACAAAAAGAGCAAAUAUGUACUUGCUUCCUUUCCGAAUGUUCCGUACUUCUCAGUUUUUUAAUGGAAAUCGGCUGUAACAGUGUAAGCACCCUGACAGGUCGUUGGUGUUAAGUGUGUGCUUUUUGUAAUACUACUGAGAAAAGGACAAGGCUGUCAAUUAUCUCUGCUCCAAAGAAUUUGUACUGCAGAUUGGCUUAGGAACCGCCAACUCUUAUCUGAACUGAACAAUAUGAAAAAAAAAAAAAAAGUUAGAAGAAAAAUGUUGUCAAAGUCAUCUUUCCUAGUAACAAAUGGCUUUGUCCAAAUCCUUUCUGCAUGGAUUAGCUUAAGGAAAACAAACUCCACUUUCUGAUGAGCAAAA